CCUUGGGUUUCUCUGCCUGCCUUUUUCCUGCUAGAAGAUCCCCUCCUUCCCUGUCCAUGCGUCCCUUUUUACACGAAGGGGUGUCUAUAGGAGACAGGCUCCUUUACGGACAUUAAAGCACAUACGCAUAUUUGCAUAUGCAAACUUGAGUAUUUAUUUUGUCGGAUCUUUCCGAAGCUCAGCACCGCCUUUGCUUCAGACCCGCAAGAAACGGGCCCGCUGGAAAGUCUGACUGUGAGUAGCUAUGCGAGUGCGAGUCUAACCUUUCGUGAGUCUGCGGGCACGCGGCACAGGCAGGGGGACUCCUUUUGCGGGUGCACCAAUUGACGACCGUGGGGUUUCCAUGGCAACGGAUUCUUCGGCUUGUUCGAGGCGCGUUCAUGGCGGCGGCGGGGAUGGCUUCGUCUUCCUCUGGGGCCGCCGGCGAAGGCUCUCAAGCCAACUCCAAAUGGCUGGAUGCCCAUUACGACCCGGUGGCUAGCCUGUAUACAUUUUCCUCUUGUGUUGCGCUGGCUGACCUGCAUGGAGACGGAGACUAUAAGCUGGUGGUGGGCAACUUGGGCCCUACGGGGCAUGAGAUGAAGCUGAAGGUGUACCAGGGCAUGGGGCUCCUGAGCGAAAAUGCCCUGCCAGAUUUGCCUGCGAGCGUGGCCGCUUUCUUGAUGGAGCAGCACGAGCCACGCAUGCCCGCCGUGGCGGUGGCCUCCGGGCCCUACAUCUACGUGUACAAGAACCUGCGUCCCUACUUCAAGUUUACACUGCCUCCGAUGGAGCCGAACCCCAUGGAGAAGGAGGUUUGGGAGCAGGCGAAAGAGGACAAGGUGGACCUUCUGUUGAUGAAGGAGAUGCUGGAGGUGAUCCGGGAAAAUGCAGAGAUGCCCCUGUCAGUGCAGUCCCUGAGAUUCCUGGCGCUCGAUCCACCUGAGAUGGAGUCCUUUGUGAACCAGCAUAAAGUGCACCCCAUCAAGCGCCAGACGGUGAUCACGUGCAUGGCCACCCUGAAGAAGAACAUGGUGGACGAGGAAGCCAUCAGCUGCUUGGUGAUCGGGACAGAGAACGAGGAAAUCCUGAUCUUGGAUCCCGAGGCCUUCACCGUCCUGGCAAAGAUGAGUGUGCCGAGCGUGCCGGCCUUCCUGGAUGUCAUGGGUCAGUUUGACGUGGAGUACCGGCUGUCUGUGGCCUGCCGUAACGGAUGCAUCUACAUCCUUCGCAGGGACUCCAAGCGGCCCAAAUACUGCAUCGAGCUGAGUGCGCAAGCCGUGGGUUUGGUCCGGGUCCAGAAGAACAUUGUGGUGGCCUGCUCUGAUGAGACCCUGCAGGGCUACACCCAGAAGGGGAAGAAGCUCUGGGUGGUCCCGCUGCCUGCCGCCCCCGUCACCAUGCGCCUCCUGGAGGAGAAGUUGCAGAGCUUCCAGGCCGUGCUGGUGGCCCUGGCCAACGGGGAGGUGCACAUGUACCGGGACAAGAACCUUGUGAAUGUCAUCAAGACGCAGGACAUCGUCACCAGCAUCUGCUUUGGCCGCUACGGGCGGGAGGACAACACGCUGCUCAUGACCACGAAAGGUGGAGGCCUGAUCAUCAAGAUUCUGAAGCGCACCGCCACGUUCGACAAGGGCGACGCGGUUGUCGGCGCCCCCGUCGCCCAGAGCAUCAAGCUCAACGUGCCCAAGAAAACAAAGCUGUAUGUGGACCAGACGCUGCGGGAGCGGGAGAACGGAGUGGCGAUGCAUCGAGUGUUUCAGACGGACCUGAACCGCAUCCGGAUCAUGGCCGCCCGCGCCUACGUCCGUGCGCUGGAGUGCAGCAUGACCCCUGUCUCGGAAUCGCUGCAGGAGCCGCUCAAGAUGAAUGCCGUGGUCCAGGGCAUGGGACCCACCUUCAAGCUGAGCCUGCACCUCCAGAACAUGUCAGAUAGCCGCGCGGUUGCCAACCUUCUCGUCAGCUUCCUCUACGAUGAAAAACUCUAUUCCGUGGAGCGCCCGUUCUUCAAGGCCCCCAUGUUGGUCCCGGGACUGAAUUACCCCCUGGUAACCUAUGUAGAAUGUCUCAGUGACCAAAGCAUCUCCGAUAUUAUCAAGGUAUUCGUGCUGCCCGAAGGAGGCGCAGAGCCACUGCUGACGGCUCACAUCAAUAUGCCCGUCAGCGAAGGCCUGGCAGCUGUGUGAAGCCAACAGAAGCUCCUCUCUGAGCUGGCCACCUUGGCCGGCAAAUCACCAGGAUGCUCAAAGAGGAGUCCCGGCCCAGGACAAACACUGCUCGCUCUGACGGCGGCAAGGACGGUCCCUGCGUCCGGAAGCGGUCCCUAGCGUAGCCGCCGCUUGCCUUUGCAGCUGCAGAUGGAAGACCUGGACGAGCAAAGUCAGCCCAGUAGUCCAAGUAGCCCAAUAAAUUUUGUUUCCUCGUC